AUGACCACUUUACAAGAUAAAUCUGAUCAUUUAUUACGAGAUACUUCAAAGUUGCAUUCGUGUGCUUCAUGCAAGCUUAUCCUUCCAGAUGAUGCAGUGAACUUAGUCACAACCAUGGAUAAUAAGGAUGAAUCCAGUACCUCAGAUGUGUAUAUAUCUACACAUUAUCCAUCGUCGCAACAGCGAUAUACAUCGUUAACCAAACUAAUUAUGAAGUCAUUAUCGGUAGAAACAACAACCGAUCUUUCAAAGCCAAUAUUUUACGGAGACGUGAUUAAUGGUUAUUGCAUAAGUAAAAUAUUUAAGGUUAAAGAUGUGAGUUCCCGUGGGUCAGAAAGAAAAUAUUCGCUCAUGGUAAUAGCUGAUUCUGAAAUAAACUUACUACAAAAUUGGGAUAUAGUAGCGACGUAUUUAAGCGAGAUAAUUUCCUUAAUACAAGCCCAAGUUGAAAUCGUCAUUAAAGAUGCAAUUAUGAAAAAGGAAGCUAGUAACACCAAUGGUGCCAUGUUCGAUAAUGAAAGGUACUUGCGGAGAUCAUUAAUCAGGCCAAAAUCGUUAGUUGAAUUAACAGAUGAUGACCAAAUAUUUGUCAAAUUUCAUUUGUGGGCAAUUGAAUUGUUGAAGGAUAUAACUGUAUAA